AUGGGUAUCGUGAUCAGGCCCAUCGAGGCCGCAGACAUACCUUCGGUAGUCGAAUGUAUUCAACUCGCCUUCGCAGAUGAUCCGUAUCAUCAAUGGGCUUUCGAUACCCGACCAGGCAAAUUCAACAAGGAGCGCAACUUUGCUAGUCUGAAAGCAAAAUGUGAAUGGGGUGUGCAGAACGCACUGUUCUACGUGGCAAAGGACACCGACGACAGGGACGGCAAGGUGCUCGGCGUGAGCAUGUGGAUGAAGCCAAGGAGUGCCACCGAGAAACAAACCUGGAACGAAUGGCUUGACGGGUACAUCCUGUGGUUCAAGCAGGGUUGGAACUUGGUCAGAUUUCAGGGCCGCGGCGGACUGAACACCAAGAGAUACUGGAUCUGGAAGCACGAGCAGGCCAUUGCACAAUCGGACAUCUGGACUGAUCCGGAGGGAUACUACUUUUGCAACAUCGUUACAGUCAGGCCGGGCAUUCAGGGUAAAGGCAUCGGUCGGCAACUUUUCGAGAUCGUGACGAGCAAGGCGGAUGAGGAGGGGCGGAAGUGUUAUCUGGAGAGUUCCAAGGAGACGCCGAAUAUUGCGAUUUACGAGAAGAUGGGGUUCAAGCUCGUUAGGAAUAUGGUCUGUGAGGAAGGUGGUGAUAAGUGCGAUUUGUUUUGCAUGAUUAGGGAGCCACGGCCCAAGCCCUGA